AUGGCAGACAAUCAGCUUCUAGACCUGGCUACCCCUCCAGCAUGUAUCGCAGAUUUCUGCUUGAUACCGCUAGGUACACCGACCGCUUCCGUGUCCCAGGAGGUCUCCCAGGUGCAGCGUCUGCUUAAAAAGAGUGGACUCGUGUAUCACAUGCACUCAGCUGGAACAACAGUCGAGGGUUCUUGGGAUGACGUUAUGCGUGUGAUUGGCCAGGCUCAUUCCAUGCUACACGAGAACGGUGUUGUGAGGAUCCAGAGCGAUAUUAGAGUCGGAUCAAGAACAGACAAGAAGCAGACGUCCGAGGACAAGGUUGCUGCUGUGAAAGCCAUUUUGGACAAGGAUGAGUAG